GUCGAAUGCACUCGACCCGCAGAAGCGCGAGUUUACGAGAGUUUACGGUAGUUUCGUGUUUUGGUUGCGUGCGGGAGGCAUGGAGGCGAUACUGAACCGCAGAAAGCAGGAUUUGGAGGAUUAUUACGGGCUUCUCGGCUGCGAUGAGCUCUCAUCGACUGAACAGAUUGUCAAUGAGUUUAAAGUGAGAGCUCUUGCCUGCCAUCCCGACAAACACCCAGAGAACCCCAAAGCAGUGGAGGAGUUCCAGAAGUUACAGGAGGCUAAAGAGGUUCUCACGGAUGAGAAGAAAAGAAAAAAUUAUGAUCUCUGGCUCAGAAGUCGAAUUGCAAUCCCGUUCAGCGAGUGGCGAGCGCUCAGUGACUCUGUUAAAACAUCAAUGCAUUGGGCCGCGAGGAGCAAGAAAGAGCCGAUGCUUGAGGCUGCAAAAGAUCCAGAUCUAGCGGACGUGCAUGAAGAGAAUCUGUCAGAGGAGAAACCCUCGGAAUCCUAUGAUUACUGGCAUCACAGGUUUCGCUGGGCUGGCGAAGCUCCCACAGGCCUUUUACAGAAGUUCAGGAACUAUGAAAUAUAAAAGCAUGUUUUCUUUCUUCUAUCCUUUGCUUUUGUGUGUAAGCGCAUGCAUUCCAUAUAAAGAGGAAAGAAUCAGAACUGACCGAUCAUUAACUACGUGUCACUAUUAUUAUGCAUAACGUUGUCUGUUUUGUAGAAAGGUGAGAUAUGUUGACUUUAAUGUUCAGCAGUGAUGCGUUCAAUGCCUUAAAUGUCCAAUCAGAAUGAUUUCUUGUUGAAAUAUGAGUAAAACAUGUUUUCAUGCGUGCACAUUUGCACAAGAAAUUAUUAUAACGUUUAUUUGAAUAAAUAUAAUAUGUAUUAAACAAUGCAUUUUAAUGCAUAUAGCACUAAUUAAAUAAUAAUAAUGAAAUGAAUAAAAAUAGCAUUCAUUGAAUAUACAUAUAAGCCAAGAGUGUCUUUAAAAUUAUGACAUUUAUGUUCAGAAAAAGAAACCGAAAAGUGUUUAUCAUAUUGAGCUCUGUGUGCAAUCAGCAUUUUGAGGCAAAUAUGUGUGUUUGUGUAAAAGUGUUACAGCUGUGUCUGUGUGUGGUGCAUAAAUAAAACAGCCUACUGUGGAAUAGGACAAAAAAUGUAGAAGUCAUUAUUUUUUAUUGCAUUUUAUUUCAGUUUGAAAAA